AUGUUUUACCCAUUCUCAUUUGCCUUAUUACUACUACCAGUACUUGUACGUGCGACGCCACUAAAGUUCAACGCCAGACAAGAGGUAGACCCAGUUCCUACUGUAGCCCACGUCAGAUGUGAAUACGGUCAUUGUCCCACGACCACUGCAGGAUCUAAUCAAGCUUGUGCAACACUGGAUGCUGCGGCAUCUUGGUUAUGUGAACAUCCCGAAAUUCAAGCUCCACCAACAGAUCCUGCUACUGUUAUUCCGGGCAACUACGGUACUGUCAAUCCUGCUACUGUCACAGAUGUCCAGAACACAGCCUAUCAAGGACCGCCGGCUACUUCCAUCUCUGAUUCGGCUACAGUACCCCUCUCUACUGCUGAUUCAUCUUCAUCACUUUAUGACACGUCGGCCGCAAGUCCACCUACAGUCAUUAGUACUGGGGACUACAGCGCAACUAAAGCAGCUACUCGGACAGUCGGAGCAUCAUCUUCUCGACCCAAUGGCGAUCCCGCUUCCACAGGUUAUGCACCAUCAGCACCAAUCAUAUCUAGCACAUCAAACAGUCAACCUGUUUCCGUAUCGCAAUCAGCGACCAGUACGUCUUCGGCAGAUCCUUCUGCUGCAACCGGUUCUGGUGAAUGUGAAUGUGGAUAUUCCUUGUCCAAAUAUGAGAACUCAUAUUACCCUUAUGCCAAGAUAAUCGAUUUUUCCACUAUCGCAGAUGGAACAGAUAUCUCGUCUUUAGGAUUUGAGACAUCCGCUGGGAGAAGGAUUGGACCUAAUUCUACUGUUGAUCCAAGCGUGUUCUGCAUGGGAGGCUCUGACAACAUCUAUAUAGCUAAUGGCGUACUAAACAUCAAAGUUCCAGCUGGUAGUAGCGGUUUCACAGGAGGAGAACUGGUUUUUAGAGGUGAUCAAAAUACUAAUAUCUCUGGAGGUGUAUUUUCAAUGGAUGCCAAGAUCGAUAAAGGUUUGGGUACAUGUCAGAGUCUCUUCACCUACCGUGCAGUUCCGGGAACAGAAGAUGAACUUGAUUUGGAAAUGUUAGGUAAAAACGUAUUUGUAGCAGACGAAAAUGGUGAUAAAGGAAUUGGGUUAAGUAACUAUGAUCCUGCUGGAAGUAAAGAUGGUGAACAUGCCGAUUACGCAAACGAUCCGACUGCGGAUUUCAAUAAAUAUACUAUCGGAUGGUAUAAAGAUUCAUCCAAGUUUUACUACAAUGAUCAAGUAUUGAAAGGCCCUGAACCGCAUCAACCCGUGAAUCCAUCUACCGUCAUCAUCAACAAUUGGUCAAACGGUGAUCCUACAUUUACUGGCACACCAACCGAAGAUAAUGUCCUUCAAGUCCGACGAAUCGAAUACUAUUACCAAACUGAACCUCAAAGUAUCUAUCCCGCUGUACUUCCCAAUUGUGCGGUGGAAAGCGCUUGUCCUGUUGGCUGA